AAAUGAUUCAGAGGACGACGAGAACGCUUCUGCGCCUGCAACAACAACGCCGGUCGAUCUCUAUUCGCUCGGGGGGGCAAGACAGCUGUCUUUACAGCUGGGUCGAAAUCGAGAAACAGAAAACAUCUGGCCAAGUUUCUUACAUAUUUUCAAAUCUCCUUUUUCCCAAGCCCUCAUGUGUGACAGGAAAAACGAGUGGAUGAACAUGGGGGGCGAGGCUGUGCUACAGGAGAGAGUCGUUCUCUGAAAACCUUCUUGCCUUCUAUGUCAGACGAACGCAAUGCUCGUCUGCCCGCGCCUGUCUCCCAACAGACUGCGGCAGGUCACGUCGUCGAACAAUGGUCGUUUUCCACCCAUUUUUCAUGACAGAACAUUGCUCUCCUUCUCCUCUCUCUUCUUCCGCCAUGUAGGGAAACAGAGUCUGUUGGCCUCUUUCUCCUGCUGACCGGGGGAUCGGCAAGCUGCUUGCGCUUUCCUGUUGAAUGCCUAUUCGUCGUCUCCUCUCUCCCUCUUGGGUCUCUCUUCUACUCUCUCGGGCUCUCUUUUCCUGCUUCGUGACACCCUCUCGCUGAUGUCUCCUCCUUGUCUCUCUCUGUUUCUCUCUUCUUCUGUUUCCCCUGUUUCUCCUUUUUUAUCACGCAUCCUCUGUUCACCCGCCAUGUUCUUUCCUCUCUCUGCUCUUCCUCUCCUCACGCUUUGACUCCUUUUCUACUCUCCUUCUCUCCCCCAACUCCGGGGGGACACCGGCUCUGGACAGAUGGCUUUCGUUUCCCCGCAAAAAUGCGCCUUCGCUUCUCCCUUCUCUUUUCGGUCCUGCUUCCUUUUCUCCUCCCGGUUCUCCUCUCUCGUCUCUCCCUCUUCAUCUGGCUCACCGCUUCCGUCGGUCUCUCUCUGUCUGAGCCUCUUCGGGGCGGCCAUCCCCACAGUGCCCUCCUCGGCGGAGACAAACGGAGACACCGCUCGAGUUCGUUUCCUCCCGUUUCUCAACUCGCCGCCUCUCUCCGCUGGGAGCCCUCUCACCACCCGCUGUCAACCGCCUUUCGCGCCAGCGCCGCAAAAGACUUCUCCGCAAGAUGCCUCUUCUCGAUCGGCAGGCAUCUCUCUCCUGCCACGAGCAGCGCCGGCUCUUUUGUCUCUCUUUCUUCUCUCCGCGACAGAGACUCCCCGUCCCGACCAAGAUCUGCGACGCAAGCUCCCGAAGGUCUCCGCCUCUCUCCCGCAGAAUGCCUCUCCUCCGGGUGUACAAACAUCUGGGGCGGAAGGCGUGAGGCGGUAGGAGAGACGGCGGGAGGGAGGAAGAGGACUCCCUUUCGACAGGCGGACUCGCAGACCGACGAAGAAGAACGAGGCAGCGGGAGAGCGCGACGCGACACCCGGAGAAAUGAGGCUUCCCCGUUUUCUGCCUUUGUGUUCUGCGGAGGCGCUCUCUGGCUGUUGAUGCGCGAAACGCAGAAGGGAACUUCGGACGCGACGCGCCGCAUCGGGUCGCUGUCUGCACACUGGAAUCGGUCGAGGAGAGGGCCAAGACAUCGCUUCGCUCUCCGCUCUCUUUGCCCGCCGCCCUCUGUCACAUGCUUUCCUCCUCACUCGGACUGUUCUUGUCCCUUCGCCUCGACUCCGAGCUCUCUGGGCCCUGUACCUACGCCCCGCGCUGUCUCUCUGCGUUUCGCUUCCGCUUCUCCUUCUCGUCUUUCUCGUCCUUCUGCUUCUUUUGUCUCCUCAGCUUGUCCUUCUCGUCGAUCUUUUGCUUCUCCUUCUCCACCUCGUUCUUCUGUGUUUUCUCCACCGCGCGUCUCUCCCAAGUCCUCUCGGGGCCUGUGCGCUCGGAAGACGCAGUUUCUCUCUUCCCAUCUGCCAGACGACGAGCGCGGCGUCCGCGAAGACAGCGAAUUCUUCGGCGUUUCUCUCGCGGAAGAUGUCGACUUCCUCUCCUCUGCGUCCACCGCCUCUCGCCAGCGAAGAGAACGAGACCCAGAGUCUGCCGGUCUCUCCGAAGAAGAAGACAAACCGGAAGAAGAGUUGCUGCAUGCAGUCGAGCCGCGCCGAACAAAGAGAGGUUUCUUGAUUCGAUCGCGGGCAGCCAAGGCGGACCGCCGAGACGCGUCGUCCCCUGGAGGGGCGACGGCGCCAGGGCUGUGGGGUGACGCCGAAACAUCUCUCGAGGAAGAGGCCUUGAGAAGGAGACGCGAGCGAAGCGUGCGUGGCUCGAGUGAGGCGGAGAAGGAGGCUUGGUCACAUCGGCGAGAAGAAGAAGCUGCAGGGCGCUUCAAGGUCGGAGACGCUGCUCCCGAUGUCUCGCUUCCGGAGUUCUACUACCACAACAUCCCCCUGCCGAAAGGACCUCCAGACAACCCUGAGGACCCUCUCCCCUUUCCCUUGGACUUCAUCAGCGAAGAGGAGAAGCAGGACAUCCGGCGGAUGCCUACGAAGGAAGAGCGUGAAGCGGACAGAAGAGACUACUUCGGUGCAGACAACGUUCGAGCGUACCAUCUCUACAAUCCCCACUGGACCCCCUUUCAAGAAAGCAACUACAGGCCUUCGCAUAACUUGGAGGCUGCCGCGGUCGGCGACUUCGGGCAGAGUCCGCGGCGGCCAAUGCGUGAAAGCGACAUGGCGCAGCCGUCAGUGCCUUUCGGGUGGCGGGUGUACGCAGCGAUUUGCCUGGCGAAGCUUCCCUUUCUUUUAGCCGAGUACGAGGCGAGAGUGGAGGCGCUGCUUGGAGAAGAGAAGAAGCUCUUUCAAGAGCAAACGCUGUGGCAGCAGCUGGACAGAAAGCCAGAGGCGGUGGCAGAUCCGCGACCUCGCCUGCCUCUCCCGCAUCCGCCGUUCCAUGUGUGGGAAACAUCGAUACACCCGAGACUGCAGCUCCCGUUCAUCGUCUGGGCGCGUCUGUCUACGCGCCUCUGCAACAGCUCCGCAAAGAUGCUGGAGCUGUUUCGACUCGUCUCCCUGGAGAAAGAGAAACGGGAAAACAGAUUCGCUUUCCAGAGAACCGGAAAGGGCAUGGCUCUAGGCGACUACUUCGUCUUCGCCGCACCCACUCUCCACCACGCGGUCCGCUUCCUCGAAUCAAAUCCGAAACACAAAGCAGGAGUCUAUCGAGAAGGACAUCUCUACGAGUUGACCGACGCCACGGCGGAACAUAUAUUGCUUGGCAAAGGCGAGAGAAGAAGCGCCGAACGAGAUGAAAUCUACCUUUCUCUCGGCUUCUACCUCCCACCGCCUCCUCGUGCGCCGUGGCCAAACCGCGAAGAAGGCGAAACAGAGAGAGGAAACGACAACGCCAGCGAAGCUUCUUCAUCUCCUGCGUCGUCUUCCUCUUUGUCAUCUCCUGCGUCGUCUUCCUCUUCUUCAUCUGCGGUUCCUUCUCUCUCUUCUUCUCGUGCUGUUUCUGUUGCGCCUGAGGCUUCCUCGGUGCGUUUCUCUCCUUCUGCCUCUUCUUCCGCGGGGGUGGGGCGCUCCCCAGCUUUGACGCUUUUGCAGGAGAAGCAGCUGCGUUUCCUGUGUCGGAGCAACUGCGUGGAACGUCGCUCUUUCCUUUUUUUUCCAAGGCCGGACUCCCCAGACAGUCUCCUUCUCCCCCCGGAACAACUCCUUCCGAUGACGCCCGAGCAAAAUGCGAACGUUUUUCAGCGCUGGCGGAGGCGCGGCGCGAAGGCUCGUGUCGCCGUCGUGGCGGCGAAGGCCGUGGUGAAUCUCUUGAAACAGUGUGAAGUCUCUCAAGUUGAGAACCUCUCUGGCAACCUCUCUCGCGACCUCGAGUCGUGGCAUGCGCUUCGGGAAGUUCUCAGGCAGACCGCAGCGUCUUCUUCUCGCGACAAGUCUCUCGAGUUCUCGCCUCAAACCGCUCCGUCGGCUCUGUCUCCUCAGUCUUCAGAGUCGUUCUCUCUUCACUUUUCUUCUUUGGAGGACGAACGCGCGCGACUCGUCUUCUCCGUAGUGCAGCGCGUGGUUGAGGAGACUUUGAAUUCUCAGCCUUUCUGGGCUUCUCGGGGCCGCGGCAACUCUGGGGACGCGCCGGGAGGCUCUGUCCACGUAGACGGCAAAGCGUCUGAGCGAAAGGCGUCGAGCGAAUCGGAGAUCUUUUGGCAGAACAACGGAGUCGAAGCUUCUCCCGCACAUGCCGAACGCAGCGCGCAGACAUGCGCAGCAUCCAACCAUCUCGAAAAGUCCCCUCAAGUCGAGGAAAAUUCGUUGACACGUUCAAACAGAGGAGCCGCCACAGUCGCCAGCACCGUGGACCCACCGCGGAAAAAGGAAAAAGAAAAGGUCCAUGAGCUGGACAGAGAGGUGGAAAACGGCAGCGGGAACCAUGGGCAGGGAACUGGCUCUUGUGGAUCCUCGAGAAGACCAGAAAACCUUUUUCUGGAUGAAAAUGCAAAAGAGAAUUUCGACAUUUCCGUGAGCGCAGCGGCGGCCUUCGUUCUCGGCCUCGUUGCUGGCGACGACGGGCAAGGCGGCUCUUUAGCUGUGGCGAGAGAACUCGCGAACCUUGGGAUGAAAAACGCCAGCGAGAAAAAAGCAGACAGCACCGAGGAAACAGAGAGAACGGACCGGUCGCAAGACGACAAAAACGAGGCCAUAAAGUCAUCUUCUCAGCCUUGGAACGAAACAGAAACGAAACAAGAGACACAAAGACCCUCACUGUCUUCUUCUCUGUCUUCUUCUCUUUCUUCCUCGUCUUCGCUCUCUUCUUCUACCGCCUCGGUGUUCUCUGCUUUGAAGUCGGCGGCGGCUUCCGCGGUGUCUGCACACCUGGCGGAGGAGCGCGAGCGGGCUGCGAGUCGCGCGUCGCACCUGCGGUCUUUGCAGAACGCGUCAUCAUGGGAGAAUCCUCACAGUCCAAUGACGACUGAGAAGGAGGCCGCUGUUGAGUCGCUCUUGUUUUUCGCUGAAGACGACGAAGAGGCGAGAGACUUCUGUCGGCGCCUGCCGUACACGCGCGCCGGGGUGUAUCGCUCGCUGUUUCUCGCGCAUGCGGUCAAAGUGGACUUUUACGGGAAGGCUGGCGAGAUGGUGAUGCCGAAUCCGAGACACACAAAGCUGGAAGACGAGGACGAACUCGAGGUCGACGAGGAGGCGAUGUGCGUGGAGAAGGUCGACCUCGCAGACUGGAUUAUCCGAAACAAAUUAAAUGUGACUGAAGACGCGGCGCACGAUCUUGACAAGCCUUUCUACCAGGACUACUUGAAGGAUUGGGCGUACCUGCACCUUCCCGAGGGGCAAUACCUCAGCGAGCCUUUCCACGCCACGGGACAAGACGAAACUGGAGACAUCCCAGAUCCUCCACUCAUGACGGCGCUUGCGGCAAAUCGGGAGGAAGAUCACGCGCGCGACUACCGCCCAGGCGUGUGGCUGUACAAACCGGAGACGAAGAUUUUAUUCAACGACACAGAGACGGGAGGCCUCUUGAUCGGCAGCGGCUUCGAUGGCACGUUCUCCUGGGAGAAGCCUGUGAGCAACGCGACGAUGACGCGGGCGUUGAUUCUGAUGGAAAUGGCGGCGGAGCAUGUACGGAAGGGUCACUUCACCUGGACAGACGAGCACUGGAGCGCGACCUCGAAGCGCCCACACCUCGAGACGCACUUGUCUCAGGAGGAAGAGGCGCGCGUGAGAUGGGGUCUCGAAGACUUCGACCUCCACCCUGACGACCUCGACCCAGGCGACCAUGUCCCCUCAGGAAUGGAGUACCUGAACCCGCAGCUGCUGAAGAGCCGGUCGCCAGAGUACCAGCGUCUCGUGGAAGACCCCGACGUAGCACAUAACGUUCACCAGGACUGGCUGGCGCGCGUGGACAGAGGAGAGGCAACUCUGAACGAAGAUCCCUUCAGACUCGCUCCGGAACAAAUUGAUCUGCGAGAGAAAUUCAAGAACCUGAAAGACCUGGACGACGAAGAUCUACCCGAUGUCGCCCUCUGGAGAGACGAGGGCGAGUGAAACAGACGAAGAGAAAGGGAGAAAAGAGAGUCGAGAGAAGCAAAAGGCGAUGCAGAGACAGAGAUUGGCGAAAUCGGGCAGGAGAAACGGAAGAAAGCGAUGGCGAAGAACGCGAUGGCGAAGAAAGCGAGAGCGAAAGACAAAAGAGGAGAGAGAGAGAGGAGACAGGGGAGGAUGGAAAGAGGAAAAGAGCAGAGGGAAGGAUAACCAAGUGGAGAAAAAAAGGUCCAGGAACGAGAAGGCCGAACGGCAUUGAGGAGACGUCUCAUCAGCAUUUCUGCUGAACUGGGAAAAGCAUUUCCCCGAAAUCGCUCCUCUAGGCGAUGCGAGAUUCGCGGGUCUCGAGUGUGUGUGC